CGAAGCAUUGUCUGUCAUUACGUAUGGUCCAGAUGAAGAUAGACCGAUAUUUGCCAACAAUGGUUGCAAGCGACUAACGAGACAGAUUCCUUACAUCAUUGCAAAGAACAAAGUAAACACUGAACUUUAG